CCAUUCCUAAUUAUUCUCUCCACAGUCCCUAUCUCCCUCAACAUCUAUCUUUCUCUCUCUAUAUUCUCUAUCUUCCUCAACUAAACUGGGUCGGAUUUACUGGUUAGAGAAAAAGGAUGUGGUUAGUUCAACUGAUUUGGAGUGGCGUAGGGAAAGUCUAAACUUACGAAGUUUUUUUCUUAAUGUGAUGAUUUAGAGGAGCGUUGGAGCUGUAUAGGUUAUGAUGUCACUAGAUGCAACGGUGGAUGAUUAAUUACGACGGCUUUACGAUAGUGUUAGAAGGAAGGCCAGCAGCCGAUUAUCUCCUUCACCUAUUCAUCUGGCUUCGAUCUCCAUUAUUCCCAAUUUUUUCUUAGAAAAAAAAACCUUCGAAAUUCAUUGUCCUUGGUUUUAAGUACUCACUAUUUCGCCCCCAGAUGUAAAUCCUGGCUCCGCCACUAGCUACGCGUAAAUUAAUCAAGCAUCUCAAGUAGGAAAGUCUGUACAGCUCUCAAGUUUAGAUCCUAUUGAGUUGAGGUUCUUUCUGGCAUAGACAAGGUAGACGCUGGUACUGUGAUAUAUAUGGCUGGUAAUAAGCCUCGUGUUGGUAGCUUCUCGCGCAAUUUUACCGCUGCAUCAAAUACAAUAUCGCAGAUUCCUGGGCUUAAGCAUGGUCCAAACGGCACUAUGUUUCUUUCAUCUGGAAUACUGGAUCUUGACAAGAUUUUGGGAGGUGGAUUUACGUUGGGAAGUCUUGUAAUGGUUAUGGAAGAUCCCGAGGCACCACAUCAUAUGCUGUUGAUAAGAAAUUUUAUGUCUCAAGGGUUGGUUCACAAUCAACCUCUUCUCUAUGCUAGUCCGGCAAAAGAUCCUAGAGGGUUCCUUGGUACUCUACCGAGUCCAAUGUUCUCAAAGGAUGAAAAAUCUCGUGACCGUGAUGCAGAACAGGAAAAGGGCUUGAGGAUUGCUUGGCAAUACAAGAAGUAUUUUGAGGAACAGAAUUCAGAGUUCCAGAGAGAUGAAAAAUCUGAGUACUGCAAUGAUUUUGACUUGCGGAAGCCCCUAGAGAGGCACUUCUACAGUGGACAACAGAUUGAUUGCAUUAGACUUGAAGAUUCUGCUGAUCUCACUACAUUCCAUGACCGUUGUUCGAGCUUCUUAUCUCAAACUCCUAGAAAUGAUAGGAACAUUACAUGUCCUGGUCGUAUUGCCAUUCAGUCACUAGGUGCGCCACAAUGUGACUUUGCUGACAAGGAAUGCGAUAUGCUUUCUUUUGUCAGAUCUCUAAAAAACACCAUACGGUCGUCAAAUGCAGUAGCCGUUAUCACUUUUCCGCCUUCCCUUUUUUCACCAUCCUUUUCAAAGAGGUUGCAGCAUUUGGCUGACACCUUGGUUUCUGUCAAAGCAAUUCCAGACGAGGACAAGGAACUGGCCAAGCUUCUUACAGGAUAUCAGGAUAUGGUUGGCCUCCUCAGUGUACACAAGGUGGCACGUAUUAAUACACAGGUCCCCACAAUUCUAGAGGCCACCACUUUCUCUAUGAAAUUGCAGAAGCGAAGAUCGUUAAUUUUGGAAUGUCUAAACCAAGCCCCUAUAGAUGGUUCAAGCGGAAGCUCAUAUGCUUCUUCUGGAAGUUGCACUGGAUCUUCUAAGACAGGGGCCCUCGACUUUUAGUUGGUACAUGACUUCCCCUUCGUGAAUUAGGAGAUUAAGCUUAUUGAAUGCCACACCUGCACCAGUGUGAGAACGAUGCACGUGUAAGUCAGAUUUGAUUCUACCUUCCUAUUGCCUAGAAUCUUAUCCAUUCUGCUAUUAGUAAAUUAAAUAUAAGGCAGAAUCAUGAUCCGAAAUGUUAUUACUGAUAUGGAACAAGAGAAAUAUCAUGCUUAAGUAUGUCCUUUGGUCAGAUAGAUGAAAUAUACAACAGAAUGAUAAUGGAUUUUUGGUUACAAAAUGAAGCCCUAUUGGACCCGUAUUAUACUUUCAUCUCCUUGAUUUUAUGGUGAAGAGAUUAUCUAUAGACUUGUUCACCUUGAAUAUCUUAAUAUUUACAAAGAACCUAUGAAUAAAAUUGUCUUUCUAACC